AUGCGAGAACUCUAUGGGAUAGAGCUUCAAGAUGGCAAGAGUCUGGCGAUUCUAGUGGGAGGGAUUGCAGAGCAGAUGCUGUCUCAACGGGGAGACCAUACGAUCACGUCAAGAAACGCAAGGGACAUAUCGCUUGGGCUCAGUACGGUGCGAUUGUACCGGAGCUGGCGCUUUGAGGACGGCUCCUCGCACUCCAAUAGCAAAAGUCUUGUGGUGGCGCUGCUGCGUUCUGGUUUCGGGCGCUCGAAAGGCGCUUUGGCUGCCCACGAAGGAGUGGGGUCAUCAUGGUCUCUGGUAAGCCCACCUGUCAAAAUGAUGGUGACCCGAGGCUGA